AUUUCUAUUUGUAAAUAGUGGGCGGAAUGAAAACAAAGCAAUAUUUUCGUGUUUUUCUCAUAAAUAGCAAUGUCCCUGCACAUGAAUAACAUUCUAAAUGAGAAAAGUGAGAUUGAUUUUAGCAAAAUAUGUCGUUCCUGUAUGUGCCAAAAGGUGGAGAUGAAGGAGAUCUUUGGAUCAUGCCUGGAUAACAUGCUGCGAACGGUGUCAUGUGUUGAUGUGAAGCUAGGAGAUGGUCUUCCGGACAAGAUGUGCGUUCCGUGCGUGCUACUCGUGAGUCGUGCUUUCACUUUCAAGCAGCAAUGCCAGAAAGCUGAUGCCACGUUCCGGAUGUACCUCAUGCGGAAGGAAACUGAAGGGAAUCAGGUCAUUGAGAGCUCUUUGCCGGGAGUUCAGGAGACUGAAGCAGAGAUAAUUCCAAUGGGACUGGGACAAAUGGUUGAAGAUCAACGUCAAGUGAUGGAAUGCCCGGAGAGGGAUGAAGACGUGCAGGAUGAUUCUCAUGCACAGGAGGAGAUUGCCGAGGAGAAUGUUUACUUCCAUGAGAGCUUAGCAACAUCGGAGGAGAUAAACUUUGAGAAUCUCCAAAUACAGGAUGCUGGAAUUGAGUUGUCGAAGGUUGAUCUCCUUCCGGAAGAUUGCUGCGACGAAGUUCUGGCCACUGUCAAGGAUCUCAAAGUCUAUGAACCGAAGAUUUAUCACAUUUGCAACAAUUGCGGCCUAACAUUCCCCUCUCCCGAGGAAUUGGCUGUCCACAAUCGUGAAAAUCAUCCGGAAGAGCUCCAAAUCUCUCCAGCAGAGACGCAUUUUGAGUGCCAGGAGUGUCACAAAACCUUCGCUGAUAGCAAAAUUCUACGAAGGCACAGCAAAACUCAUCUCAUUGUCAAGCCCCACGUUUGCCUGACGUGCGGGAAGACCUUUGCGGAGAGCUCCAACUUGACGAAGCACAAGAAGAAGCACACCGGAGAGCUGAGGAAUGUCGUUGGGAAGCCAAAUCUCUGCUCUGUGUGCGGGAAACGCUUCAAGUGGGCCAGUUCACUGUCCAAGCACAUGAAGCAUCAUACAAAGCACAAAAUACUCACAUGCCCGUACUGCCCGAAGUACUACGUGGAGGCACGAUCACUCAGUAUUCACAUGCGGACGCACACAGGAGAGAAGCCCUUUGUGUGUGAGAUUUGCAAUAAGGGCUUCACGCAGCUGUGCAAUCUCACAAAGCACAUCCGUGUGCACACAGGAGAAAAGCCCUACUUGUGUCCAGUUUGCGGGAAGGGCUUCAAGCAGAGCGGCUACGUGGCAAUUCACCUCCGGACGCAUACUGGGGAACGUCCCUACGUGUGUCCGGACUGUGGGAGGGCAUUUGCAGGUUCCAAUACUCUCGCACUCCAUCGUCGCUGUCACACUGGAGAGCGUCCGUAUGCCUGUUCCGUGUGCCCAAAACGCUUUGCUCGCCAUGAAACGGCUGUUAUCCAUCAACGCAUCCACACGGGUGAAAAGCCACAUGUGUGCCAACUCUGUGGGCGUGGAUUCAACAGUUCCGGACACCUCUAUGGGCACAUGAGGUCCCACAAUGCUAACAAACCCUACGAAUGUGACGUGUGCAAGAAGAGAUUCAAAAGCAGCAGCAGCCUUAAUGUUCAUAUCCGAAGCCAUACAGGUGAGAAACCCUACUCAUGUCCAAUGUGCAAGAAGAGCUUCUCCCAGCAAUCAACACUGUCCACGCAUCAACUAACGCAUCUCAGUACGGGAACAUUUGUCGUGGCGGAGAAUCAAAUUUUGGAACCAGAACCAGAGGAAACAAAUCUCGGAUGAUGCAGGAGAACUUUUUAAUGAGCAACGAAUGGGAGCCAAUACUCAUAUCCAGUAUUUGCGAAAUAAAUCACAAAUACAUAUUAUUUUAAUAAAUUUUCUUUUUAUUUUGUAAAAUUUUCUUUUAUUA